AUGGGGAAGAUCAUGAAUAGAGUGUUUGAAAUCUCCCACAAAGCGUCCGGCCAAAGCCAGGCAAUUUCAAAUCAAACGCAACAAAAAGAGAAGAAAAAGCUGAGACAAACUAUUGGAGAGAAUGGAGACUUUUUUAAACUUCCCAAGAACAGUUUAGAGAAAAAGACCUUCUCGAAAUCCUUGGAAAAACUCGACAAAGAAAACUACCCGCAAAAGAGCUCGAAAAUGAAAGCACGAUCGGAAUCACGAGAAGCGUUGGCACCAACAAAUGGUCCUGGAUUUCAGAGACAGCUUGCGAGGCAUAGUUACUAUGUUCGAGAUUUGCAUACGAAGUCGUUGCUGAGUUCGAAGACGAUUCUAGUGGAUAUGUUCGUCGCGGCUUCGGUCGGAAAUGUCAAGUUGGUGGAUUUUUAUCUUCGCGUCGGACAGUUGCCAGUUGAUGCUGCUGAUAAUCGUGGAUGGAGAGCUAUUCAUCAUGCUUGCUUGCAUGCGCAAACAGAAGUAGUCGAGAUGCUCGUUCAAAAGGGGGCCUCAAUAAAUGUAUCAACCGUAUCUGGUCUAACACCAAUCCUACUUGCCGGGAGUGCACUUACCCCUCGAUACGAUGUUAUAAAACUAUUACUACAAAAUGGCGCGAACAUCGAGUCAAAAAGCCCGCUUGGCACUACUGUGCUGAUGGAUGUAGCAGGAAGAGCUUUUGAGCCAGAGACAGAGGAGCUUUGUUACAUGCUUUUGCGAAAUGGUGCCGACUUGAAGCAGAAAGAUAACAAAGGAAGAACUGCGAUUGAUUAUGCCAUGUCUGUUUGCAACAUGGACGUCUUGAAGACAUUGAAGAGCUUUCAAUCCCGUAGAAAUAGAAGUCCUCGUCACUAG